CUUCCAACUCCUUUGCCCUCCAGCUUUGCUCCAAUCCUGUCCGUCCUUCUCUUCCCCUCCCCCACUCGGUGCACGCGCCCCCAGCCUGUCUGUUUCUGCCCUGAGUUCUGAUCGUCACAUUCGGCGUGAACAGGAGUGACAUGACGUUUGUUACGUGCUGACGCUGACGGUUGCUAGGCUGGAAGGUUCCGGCGUUUGCUGGUUUUUGACUCUUUUCCGCAUCUUGAGCUCUCCCGGUGACAUUCACAUUGGAAUCAUGAGUCACCUCCAAGAGCCGGCGUGCCAGAGUCAGGUUGGAAGACAGGAGAGGUGCGCACAGACGGAAUGUAAUGCCAGAGGACUGAGCCCUAGACUCUCGAAAGUAAACUUUUUCACUCUUCUUAGUCUGUGGAUGGAACUUUUUCCAAAUAAUGAACAAAAGGCAAUUCAGCGACGAAAAAAUGGCCUGGUUGUAGUAUAUAAUUCAAAGAUUAUCGGCCUCCACUGUUCAAGCGCAGAGUUACAUGCAGGCCAAAUUGCUGUUGUCAAACAUGGGUCUAAGAUGAAAGAUUGCGAUCUCUAUUUCUCAAGGAAACCAUGCUCAACCUGUUUAAAGAUGGUUUUAAAUGCUGGAGUCAAUCGCAUAUCAUACUGGCCUGGUGACCCUGAGAUAAGUCUAGUUGACGACUAUGUAAUGAAUAAUUGCAAUUCAGAUGCAAAACUAGAUGCAAAAGCUGUGGAAAGACUCAAGUCCAACAGUCGCUCUCGUAUUUGCACCUUGCUUCAGCCUUUGGCUUACGACAUGCUGCAGUUUGUGGAAGAAACCUCAAAAAAGUGUGAGUUUUUACAAAGUAUAGUCACCCUGAACAGAGAUUUUAAACUUGAGGACUUUUUUACUGAGUGCAGAAGAAAUCGAUUACAGGAAUUUGAGAAAUUAUUCUUGAUAUCCAAUAGUGAGACUCACAAAGAAAUCUUGAAGACUAUUGGCUUAGAGAACGUAUGUGAUGAUAUUCAUUUUACUAACUUGAGGCAUAAAAUGGAAGAUCUUGUCUUUUUGUUAGCAACUGUUGACUGUAGCGUUCCAGAGUAUGGGACGUUCAGAUUUUAUUGUGAUGAUUCGGACAAAGCAUGUGACGAGCACACAAAUGACGAGUUCCAAAAAUUUGCAAGACAUUGCAUGGUUCAAGCCAGAUUGUUGGCAUAUCGGACAGAGGAUCAAAAGAUUGGUGUUGGAGCAGUGAUCUGGGCAGAAGGAAAGUCGAAUAAUUGUGACGGAACAGGAGCUAGGUAUCUGAUAGGAUGUGGUUAUAAUGCCUAUCCAAUGGGAUCUGAAUAUGCAGAUUACCCUCAGCUGGAUGAGAAACAGCAGAAAGACAGAGAGGCCCGGAAGUUUCGGUACAUUGUACAUGCUGAACAGAAUGCCUUAACUUUCCGAUGUCAAGAUAUUAAAGAUGAGGAAAAAACAAUGAUUUUUGUUACCAAAUGUCCAUGUGAUGAAUGUGUACCUUUAAUAAACAAUGCUGGUAUCAAGCAGAUAUACACGGGUGACCUUGAUGCUGGCAAAGUGAAGGCAGAUAUAUCCUAUCAGAAAUUCUCUGGUUUGCAAGGAGUGAGAAAAUUUACCUGGCAGGAAGCUCCAACCAACAGUAUUAUCACAUCAAGUGUCCACACUACUCACAGAAAGAGAGGUCCAAAUAAAUCUUUCAUACUCCAGAGUGGCUGCACCACAAUAUCUGCAUCUACUUUAGAGUCAUCAGUACUGGAGAACCCUCAAUCUCCCUUGGGCAAAGGCGAUUUGAAAAGACCACUCACAACUCCUUGGUCUGAAUCGCAAAAGGAGGAACUGCUAAAUUUGGAAAUCAAUGAACCAGCUUUCAAAAGGAGAGUAGUGGAGCAACAGUCCUAUCUCCAAAGUCUCCUAACUUCAGUGCAAGUGAUGAAUGAUGCUGUGGACAGAAUGAUGUUGACCAUGUCAAGACUGAAUAGCUCUUUAGCUGAUGUCCAAAAUUUGCUUAAACAAAAACUGACUGCAUUCCAGACUACCAGGGAGGAGGCAUCACCUCAAAUAGUAUCGGUGGUAGAAAACUCUUUUAUCCAGGGACUGAGCAACAUAGGAACAUCUCUUCAAAAUUCCCUGAAUGCUGGUAUAUCUGACGUGGGUUCAAAGGUUCAAGAAAGCUUGCAAAUGGGAUUUGAAAGCCUUGGGGAAAAAAUACAGUCAACCAUGAGAGAGGGUUAUGCCAACAUGAUAAAUGAACAAAUCUGUGCACACCAAAACCUGAGUGACAAAUAUGAAAGAGCCUUGCCCACUAGAGGCUUACAUAACUCAUCCCAAGAGGUUGGAAAUCAUGAUGUCAGCCAGUUGCACCAUCCCAGCCAGCUUUCAUCUGGCUCCUCACUAGAAAGCAGGAUUCCUACCACAGAGGUACAAAUACCUGGAGGCAUGAAAAUCUAGGUAUGUUAGACUUAAAGGAAAUCCUUUAGACUUAUAUUUUGUGAAGACUAUUUGGGGUACAGAAUAAAUUCAAUGUUAUUGAAGUACACUACUCAUAACGGACUGCAAUACUAAUGAAGACAUUUCUCUGCUCUUUGGCGAGGACAACACACUGAUUAGAUGGAGCAUCAUUAUUUUAGAACAUGUAACGUUUUAAUUCUGUUCAAAUCAUUGACCAAACUCAUGUUAUAUUUCAUUCAUGUUUCCUUUACAUUGUAGUAGCUUUUCCAGUUACUGUGUUACUUAUCAUUGAUUUAUCUUGGAGCCGUCGCAGGCAUAUUAUCUUUAGGCCAGGCAGCAUUUCCUGUCACCAGACCCACAGUUGUCUGGUUUGAAAGCUUUGCAAUUUAUUUUGCUAAUUUUAGUAGCCACUCAUGCAAGCCUUUUUAGCAAUCGCUUUGCUGCAGCUCUUUAGCGGCACCACAGCAGUAUAUGGAUAUCAAUGGUAGGUCUUGCAUGGGAUGACUUUUGUAUUUGUGACUGUCUUUGCCCUCUUUAUAUUUCCUGGUAAUUUUCAAACAAGUGUAGUUUGAAACUUUGUAGAAGAGCUCAAGAAAAAAAGUUGCUGUUUCUAUACAUGUUUGAAUCAACUCAAGGAUUAAUGUUCGGCUCAGUUGUAUUUGGGGUAAAAUAUUUCACAUGCAAGGUCGAUGAGGGAUGCAAGGUCGGCAUGGUGGCACAGUGGUUAGCACUGCUGCCUCACAGCGCCUGAGUCCCGGUUUCAAUUCCUGCCUCAGGCG